CCAGCCCCAUACCUGGGGGUUUGGAGGGCCGCGGUCCCCAGGUGCAGUUGUGGUUGCGGUCACGGUGUCCCAGCAGCGCGCGUGUGGGAGUGGUGACCCUCUGAUGGCAUUGAGCACCAGCCCCUGCAGCCCCACAGUAUAUUUAGAAAAGUGCCCAGACCAAAAAUAGAGGGGAAAUUUUUCCCCCAGUGGCUGCUUCAUCUGCCAAUCACAAAAAAAAGCCAAUGGAGCCUGCAGCUGCAUCACGAACCGCUAACCUUCUGCCCACCAUCGGGUGGACGGACGGACAGCCGGAGCCGGGUAGACCUGUCCGCACUGUGAGCGCUGGGGAAACGGCUUUGGAGCAUCCCACACCACUCUGGUGACAGCGUGGGAGCAGCCACGUACCUGCGACGCGCCAUGGGGGACUGGAGCCUGCUGGGGCGGCUGCUGGAGAACGCCCAGGAGCACUCCACGGUGGUGGGGAAGGUUUGGCUCACCGUCCUCUUCGUUUUCCGCAUCCUGGUGCUGGGGGCAGCUGCAGAACGGGUGUGGGGUGAUGAGCUGGCCGGCUUCUCCUGUGACACGCAGCAGCCCGGCUGCCAGAACGCCUGCUAUGACAGCACCUUCCCCAUCUCCCACCUGCGCUUCUGGGUCCUGCAGAUCAUCUUCGUCUCCACCCCCAGCCUGGUGUACCUGGGCCACAUCCUGCACCUGGUGCACUUGGAGGAGAAGGCGCAGCAGCAGGCGGCAGCGCGGGGUGGCGGCGGGGCCCGGAGGCAGCAGAGAAAACCCCGGAUCCCAGCACGGGACACUCAGGGCCGGGUCCACAUGCGUGGGGCCAUCCUGAGGACGUACGUCUGCAGCGUUGUCUUCAAGGCUCUCUUCGAGAUGGGCUUCAUAGCAGGGCAGUAUGCCUUGUAUGGGCUUGAGCUGAAGCCCCUCUACACCUGCGGCCGCUGGCCCUGCCCCAACACCGUCAACUGCUACAUCUCCCGGCCCACCGAGAAGACCAUCUUCAUCCUCUUCAUGCUGGGGGUGGCCUGCGUGUCUCUGCUGCUCAACCUGGUGGAGAUCUACCACCUGGGCCUCACCAAGUGCCAGCAGCGGCCAGGUCCCAGAUCCCGCAUCCUGCCUGGCCCUGGUGGCCUUGCAGGGUCCCACAGUGCCCACUUCACCUUGCCUGGUGGUGGCGACCCCACGGAUGCCAGCAGACCACACCUGGCACCUCUGGGGAAGGCUGGUGCGUGGCUGGGGGUGGCCAGUGGGUCCCGUGGGAAGGCGCGGGCAGCGGACCUGGCAGUGUGAAGGCAGCUGGUGCCUGCUGGGAUGCUCAGGGAUGGACGAUGCGUGGGCUGCCGUGCUGUGGUGGCCACAGCUGUGGUUCCCAUCUCCAGGCCUGUGGCACAGACCCCACGGCCAGCAUGAGCUGAGCAUGGCUCGGGAGCAGCAGGAUCAGCCGGUGCAGAGGCAAACCCCACUACCCCAACCAUGAGCCCUGAGGAGCAAAUAAACACCCACUGCACCUCA